AUGGAGGAUUGUGGAGUUGUGAUUCACUCAACCGACACUUAUUCCACUCCCAUGAAUCCAAUUUAUGGUGAGACAAUAAAGAAGAGUUUGGGGCAAGGGAAGAAGAACAAAACACAGCAACCACAGUCACAAGUCGAGAAUGAAGAUGUCCCAAAUUCUUCCACCGCUGGUGUCCCAAAUUCUUCCACAGCUGGUGUCCCAAAUUCUUUCACAAUUGGUGUCCCAAAUUCUUCCAAAGUUGGUCUUCCUCCUGAUCCAUUGCAGAUAUAUGGAAUGUUGCUGGUGGUUAGUGCUUUGAGAUGGCAGGUUUUUAUGAUUAGACCUAAGAGGGAGGAUGGGAUAUUGGGUAAGGUGAUGCUGCAAGAUCUUAAAAUUGUGUGUCCUUUGUCUGUGGUCACCUCAGUUAAAUGGAUCAAAUGGGAAUCCCUUCCUUUGAACAUGGUGAAAAUGAAUAUGGAUGGUGCCUCCAAGGGGAGUAGUGGUUUGUCUGGUGGUGGGUGUAAUGCCAGCAGCUGGAAGAAUGCUAUUACUCCAGGAUCAGGCAGAAUGAGGUGUGCCAUCAUAAGGAAUGGGGAUGAGUUUUGCAGAAUGCUCAACAUGUAUUAUCAGCAGUAG